UUAGCGGUUCAACUUUGCGGAUUUUACAAACACAUUUUGCUUCAUUCUACUGCAGUUUUGCAGCUACUUGAGGCUAUCGGGAAUUCACAGGUGAGACAGUUCACAGACGAGAUCUCACGGUUGUUGGAAAGUCUGGAGCGCGCGAAGAGGUGCGUGUCGUCAGCAACCAUCACUGCGUGUCUAAAGAUGCUGAACGACAUUAAAAUAGAAGAUUGUCUGCGGACUGACGCGAGCUCACUGGAUGUUAUGAUCGGCGGUGACCCUCUCCAGCAGGCCGUGUGUGAGGGCUGCACGCGGAUCAUCUCAGACCGCUUUCUGAUGCGGGUCAAUGACGCUUCCUGGCACAAGGAGUGCCUGCAGUGUGCCGCGUGCCAGCAGCCGCUCACCGCCACCUGCUACUUCAGAGACACGAGACUGUACUGCAAGGCCGACUACCAGCAGUUGUUUGCCAGCAAGUGCAGCGGCUGUCUGGACAAGAUAGCGCCAACAGAGUUUGUAAUGCGAGCUCUCGAGCGUGUUUACCAUCUCAGCUGCUUCUGCUGCUGUGUCUGUGAGCGCCAGUUGUGCAAAGGUGACGAGUUUGUUCUGAAAGAAGGUCAGCUGCAGUGCAAGAGUGAUUAUGAGAGGGAGAGGGAUCUGCUCAGCACAGUCAGUCCAGACAACUCGGACUCAGACAAGAGUGAAGAUGAGGAUCUGGAUGUGAAGUCUUCUGCAGGGAAAGGCAACAAUGACAGCAAAGACCCUCGCCGGCCCAAACGGCCACGCACUAUCCUCAACACCCAGCAGAGGAGAGCCUUCAAGGCCUCCUUCGAGGUCUCCUCUAAGCCCUGCAGAAAGGUUAGAGAGACCCUGGCUGCAGAGACCGGACUCAGUAUACGCGUGGUCCAGGUCUGGUUCCAGAACCAGAGAGCAAAGAUGAAGAAGUUAGCCCGCAGACAACAGCAACAGCAGGAGCAACACAACAGCCAAAGGCUAGGCCAAGAGGUAAUAUCAGGUUGUAUGGAGGGCCUGCUUGGCUCCUAUUCAGGCCAUCUACCUCCAAACCAGCAGCAGCACAGCGGCUACAACAUGGAGCCGUUCCAGCAGGGCCUCACGCCACCACAGAUGCCUGGUGACCACAUGAACCCCUAUGGCACUGACUCCAUCUUCCAUGACAUUGACAGUGACACCUCUCUGACAAGUCUAAGUGACUGCUUCAUGGCCACUCCAGAUGUAGGCUCCUUGCAUGCUAGGGCGGGUAACCCCAUUGACCGCCUGUACUCCAUGCAGAGCUCCUACUUUACCUCUUGCAGCCCCACCAUCACUCUUGGUACCACCCAACCCACCAUGCCACAACCCCGGUCAUGAACACUGAGCAUACAACAGUGCAGACACAUGAAUGAGUAAGUAGGGAAAUUGUGACUGUGACUGCAGGAAUCCACCAAAUAUACCUGAAUGACCUCCGACAGCCAAAGGAAAAGGGAAAACUUGAAAGUAAAACUUUCCAACCGCUGUCUGCACAGGGUUUGAAGCAGCACAUUUGGCUUUUCAACAUGGUUCAUUUUGUUGGAGAGAUAGCUGUCAGUAUUUGUACAGAUAUCACAAUGGAAGUGUUUAUUAGUAGUACGAAGAGUCAGUUUCACAGAAACAUUCGGCUACAUGUUUUUCAAUUCGUAACACAGUUUGAUAGGUGCAUUAAUAAUGUUGUUAGUUUUAAUGCAAUGCAGUAAAUAUAGUUUUGGUGAUGUAAUUUAUGCCAACUAGCAAACUUUACUGCCAUAAAAAAGGAUUGUUAUGUAAGUCAACAGAUUGAUACCUGUUGGUGAAUGUAUAUAAUGUAAUGUAAUUACUGUUUUUCAAAUGCAUCCAGUUUUGCAUGCUAGGAUUGACAGCAAUUUAUUUAUUUCACCAAUAAAUAAAAAAUACUAUAUUUAAAAAUUGUAAAGUAAAGAAAGCAAACAUUGUAAUUAAUUGAUUAUUUGAUUAUGACAUUUAUCAUGGUAUUUGUGUUGCUUAAUGAGUAAAUCUGCGUAAAAUACUAUUGUUUUGCUAUUUAUCUUUGCAUUAAGAUCAACUGGACAUUAGUGAGUUUUAAAUUUGCUAACUUACCAUUAAACUUAAAAAAAAUUAAAUUAAAAAAGCUUUCU